CUGCUCGGGCACAUAAUCUGUCAGUGUAUGCAGAAGGGCAGCGAGAAUGGAGGGGUGAGUGGGAGGCAUGGGGUGCGCAGAGGCUUCGGGGAUGCCUGCUGGGGGGCCCUAUGGCUCCCUGGUGGUCCUGCUAAUGCUAUGGUGCAUGGGCAGCCACGGGAAGUCACUGAUGGAAACCUCAAUGCCUCAGGAGGUCCACAUUAAAGUGCAGGUGUACGAGAACGGAGAUGUGUCUCCACUCGCCAUGGCCGUGGUGGAGAUAUUCGGGAAUCAGAGCGGCCUGGCAUCUGGAGUGACCGACCAGGAUGGGAUCGUUGUCCUCGGCAUCAGUUACAAAAUCGGAACUUGGGUCCUGGUCACCGCUUCCAAGAGAGGCUACGUAACCAACUCUGUGCCUUGGCGCGUGGACCGACUGCCACUUUAUGCCUCCGUCAGCCUUUACCUGCUUCCCGAGCGGCCAGCAACUCUUAUCCUCUAUGAAGACAUUGUGCAGAUUCUGCUGGGCUCCCCAGGUGUCCGCAGCCAGCCCUGGGUCCAGUUUCAGAGGAAGGCUGCCCGCUUGCCUCGCUCAUCUACCUAUAACCAGCUUUCUUCCUCCCUCACCACCGCCAGCAACCUCCACCAGAUGAGAGGAUUCCCAGCAUUUAUUGGGUCAGAACCAGACUCCGGCAAUGGAGGUAACGCAACUUGGGUGGAAUUGCUUCCGGUGGCUGCUGUCAGCGUUCAUCUCUUCACCGGGAAUGGUUCCGAGGUCCAUCUGUCUGGACCGGUACAGCUAUCGCUCCCUUUGCCGCCUGACUCUGGCCUCACUACUUCAAGCAGCGUCCCCGCCUGGAGAUUUGAACCCAAGACCGGUCUGUGGAUCCGAAGUGGUGUGGGCAUGGUUCGAAGAGAUGGUCAGCAGCUGUACUGGUCCUUUGUUUCCCCCAAGCUGGGGUACUGGGCAGCAGCAAUCCCAGUUACUGGUAGAGGUAUGUUGUCCCUCAUGAGCGGCGUGGACAUUGCUGGAUAUCACACCAUCUUCCUGCUCUCCAUCCUGGGAGCCCUUGCUCUGCUGGUGCUGAUUUUGCUUUGUCUCCUUAUAUAUUAUUGCAGACGACGUUGUCUGAAACCAAGACAGCAGCAUCAUAAACUUCAGCUUUCAGGCAUAUCAGAACCGAAACGGGACCAGGCUACAUCCACUUCCCAUCUCAAUCUCAUUAGCACCAGCCACCUGGACUCCACGUCCACCGCUGACAGUGACCUUCGCACACCUGUCCUGCGAUCCACUUUCUCUUCUCGCGAAGACUUCUGCAAGUCAGGAGGCCGAUCUUCCCUCCAGCACUCCACCGACACUCUACCACUGAGACCAGCUCCCCGAGAUGACUAUCCACUCAAGUCUGCCCGCUCUGGAGACCUGCUGGAUUCAGAAGACUUAAAAAGAGGCUUCGGCGCAGGAGGUAAAGGGCAACACAGGAGACGUGGUAGAGGAGGAGUACGAGAUCCCCCUCCAUCCCCUCCUCCGCUUCCACCUCCCUUCAAACAUGUAAUUGGGGACUCUAAGCCUCCAGACUAUCUAAUGACACAGUCAGCAGAUCCACUGUCACGCCCUACAUCCCUGACACAACCUGGGCAGCUAAUCUUUUGUGGGUCAAUUGACCACAUGAAGGAGAGUGGAUAUCGGCAUGGCAUGCCCACCUUGGUAAUUCCAGCUACUUACAUGAGGCUGACUUCUGAAGACAAUCCUUCAUCCCAGGCAGAUGAUCAAUCUGAAACGGAGUCAGGGUCCUCUCAAGUUUCUCAUGCACAUCAGUUUGCACCUCAAGAUCAUGCACAACGCCAACAGUUGCUCCAGCAGGGCCAUCCAUACCAACAGGGUGCAACAUCUGGUUCUACGCAGGACCAAGAGGGAAAAGGCUGGGGGGGGUCUGUUACCAUUCCAGUGGUGUUCAAUGAGUCCACCAUGGCACAACUUAAUGGAGAGCUCCAAGCAUUGACUGAGAAGAGGCUUUUGGAACUGGGGGUCAAGCCUCACCCAAGAGCAUGGUUCGUGUCACUGGAUGGACGUUCUAACGCCCAAGUGCGUCACUCGUACAUUGAUCUGCAGGCUGGGGAGAAGAGCCGCAGUAAUGAUGCCAGCUUGGACUCAGGGGUGGAUGUCAAUGAGAUUAAAGUAAAACCCGGUCCAGAUGAAAGGGUUGGGAAGCCCCAGUUGCAAACCUCUUCUCUGACCUAUUCCAAGCUGGUAUUUGCUGAAGAAGGGGAACAGAGCCUCAGCGAGAGCCGAACUGGAGGCGGAUGCUCCCCAGAAGAUAGCUCACUCACACCACUUCUGGAUGAGGGCUCAGAAGCUUGCCCGACUCUAAGUAGGAGGGGGCGAAGCCGAGGAGACAGUUCACGCAGCAGCACCAGUGAGCUACGAAGGGACUCUAUGACCAGCCCGGAUGAGGACCUCAAUGAUCAAUCUGAAGGUGGGGAUGACCAAGAUAAGAAGAGUCCCUGGCAAAAGAGAGAGGAGAGACCACUUAUGGUGUUCAAUGUGAAAUAAGGGACUUCUCAAUUUUUGUUCUGUUAAUAGGACGCUCCCCACAAGGGACUACUGGGAGAAAGUGGGGAUGCCUCUUAUAGCUAAAACAGAGUUUUGGAGUUUGAAAAGAUAAUGUCCCAAAUUCUCCACCUAUCCUAGAGGCACAGCUUAAGAGUUUCCUGUAAGUAAAGAAA